CAAUCCACGCGCGAUUGCCCAGAUCGCGCAUUUCCGUGUGCGGCUUACAGAUUCCGAGCGUGUUUGCAGUUUACAUAUCAAAACAUGUGGUGAUACUGUAGUCACACUCGUUGAUAAAUCGACUGUGAAUAAAUUAUAAUUUCGGUGUUAAGUUACUGCGGCAAAACUUGAUUACAUAAUGACUACUCCUUGCACUUGUACCGAAGGUGUGCUUGUGGGCAUUGGGAACCCUCUGCUGGACAUCUCAGCGAAUGUAGAGCCAGAAUUACUAACGAAAUAUGGAUUGGAACCAGAUGGUGCCAUCAUGGCUGGAAAGAAACAUAUGCCUUUGUAUAAGGAGCUUAUGAAGACGUAUGAGGUCGAGUUCAUAGCGGGUGGCAGCGUGCAGAACUCUCUCCGGGCCGCGCAGUGGAUCCUGAACAAGCCCAAACUGACGACAUACUUCGGAUGCGUCGGCGACGAUGACUACGCCAAGAUACUCAAGGACAGAGCCGAAGCAGAAGGCGUGAACGUGAUGUACCAAGUGACUGAAGAGGCUCCGACGGGGACUUGUGCCGUGCUGGUGACGGGCCUCCACCGGUCGCUGUGUGCCAACCUGGCCGCCGCGCAGAAGUUCACGCCCGACCACCUCGCUAAGGAGGAGUGCAAGAAGGCAAUCGAAACCGCCAAGUUCUUCUACGCUUCUGGUUUCUUCGUAGCGGUAUCCCCUGAGUCCAUCAUGCAGCUGGCGCAGCACGCGCACGACAACGGCCACUUCUUCAUCAUGAACCUGAGCGCGCCGUUCGUCGCAGAGUUCUAUAAGGACCAGCUCGAGAAACUGUUGCCGUAUGUCGACGUGCUGUUUGGAAACACUGUGGAAUGGGAAGGCUUCGCCAAACAAUUUGGCGUGGAAUACACCCAGGUUAGAGAAAUCGGCCUUUGGGCUGCCCGGUACAACAAGCUCAACGUUUUAAGGAAACGAGUGAUUGUCAUCACUCAGAGCGCCAACCCGGUUAUUCUCGUUGAGGACGGCGCAAUAGAACACAUCAUUGUCAAGAAGCUAGACAAGAAGGAUAUUGUCGACACGAACGGCGCCGGAGACGCCUUCGUAGGCGGUUUCUUAAGUCAAAUGGUGCUCGGUAAGCCGUACAGGACGUGUGUCGAAUGCGGUGUGUAUACCGCGAGACAUGUCAUACAACAUUCGGGGUGCAGUUUCACUGGUAAAAGCGACUUCAAGGAAAGCAGUUAAGUUUAAAUAUUCAGUUAGAGGUAUUUGAUUAGUACUUUUUUACGGCCUUACCAAUAAAAAUUCCAUCCUUAUUUCGAGGUUAUACUAGGAAUAGUUAAACCUGGUAUAAGCCGAUAAUAAGGAGAUAAUUUAAAAACAUACACAUACAUACAUACAUAAACUCACGCGCGUAAUCCCUAAUAGGGUAGGCAGAGCCCCAAGUAAUCAAAGACAACUUGCAGCCACUGUUGAUAUGGUGUUGGAAGCUGGAUAUGAUAAAUCUUAUGGUGGUAAGGGAUCAUCAGCCUAUCGCCCAUAACAUUAGUCCAUCGUGUCAACAAAUCACCAUAAUAAUCACAUCUGUCAAUUUCAGACAGUUUUAGGUUAUUCCGAACUUUAACUAGAGUGAGGGUUGGUUUAGCGAUAGUAUGAGAUGUUACACCAAGGUAUAAGUUAUUCCGAGUUUAUUUGUAGAUUGUGCUUAUUCUUAGGUUAUGAUCGGUAUAAAAAGUUACACCUGGGGCCUGUUUAAUAAAACUUACAAUUGUAAAUUACAAUGACAAUGUAAAAUAAUAAUAAUGUACAUUGCGGAGUGUGUGAUCACGAAUAUUUUGCAGUUUCAUAUUAGCUACGUAAUGAACACCAAAUUGUCGUAAUUUACAAUUGUAAGUUUUAUGAAACAGGCCCCAGGUUUAUUGGUAAGGCCGUUAAGAGUAUACAGUAAUUAAUUACUGAUGACGAAAAACUCGGCACAUUUGGCACUGUAGUAAUGCUCUUUGCAUUGUAAAAGUCUAAGUAUAUGGAUGAAAUGAAAAUAGCAUUUUUCUAACUGAAUAUUGAAAAUCCUAAGUCGACAAUUCCAACAGGAAGCAAUAAAAUCAAUGCAGUUGUAAAUAAUUGUUUGUUAUUUUCAUAAAGUAACACUUAUUCCCUUAAAGGACCACAAUAGUCUUAAAACUUUCCUUUUCAUUAAUUAGUCACAUUUUCUUAAACACCUCACUGCCAUAGUCUGACUAAUAUUAUUUUUAUACAAAAAAAAAUACUUAUUUUAAAUCAACUUUGGCAACACAUAACUAGUUUUUUUUCGACUAUUGCAUGUAUGUUACUGUAAAAACCGCCGGAAUAUGUAUGCAUUUUUUUUUGGGUUAGUAGGAUUUAUAUAGAAACGUUAACCAGGUGCCUGCCUGUAUAACUCCGAAAUGAACGAUUAUUGAAAAACAAUUCGCACUUUUAUCACCAUCACUUGGUGAAAUCUAAAGAUUACUGUACUUCGGGAUUUUUUAUUUUUUUUUAUUAAAUGAGUUGAGCGCGUUUGUCCACGAUUCAGCCUAGUCUAAAGCAACGUACUAGUGGAGCACGCAAAUUCGAAAUAGUGCCUAUUCACUCUUGCCUUGAAAAUCGACAAAUUAUAUGUAUCGGGAAACAAUGACGCAGGAUGAGAAUUCCAUUGCUUUUACAGUAACAUAUACAUUAGUACAUUUUUUUGAGUUUUUAUUUUUAACUAUGCACCAUUUCAUUUGGACAUAUAGCCACCAUGGUAGACUAAAACAUUAUUUACUUAAGAAAGUGGGGUAAAGGGCACUUAUCCUGUUCACACUAGUAUUAUAAAUGGAUCUGAAAUACAAAUGUGGCAACACAGCCUGAAAAAGCAAUAUUAUUUUUAGAUGAGUAAAUGCUAGAGGAAUGAUUCUUUGAAGAAAAAAACACUUCUAUUCACUUUGUUACCAUUAGGUAAAUACAAAAAUGUUGGUAUAUAUGUUUACAAAAUAUAAUGUAAAAAAAGCACUUUGUAUGGUUUCAUAAUUUGUAUUACAGUUAGCAACAAAUAUCAAUUGAAAACCUAGUUUAUUUUUGUUGCUAACUGUAUUAAAUUUGUACAUAAUGUUACUAUGUUCUUAGUACUAAAUAUUUGUAUCCUAACAAUAGUCCAAACUAUCUACCAACUAGAUAAAGGUUAUGCUUAAAAGUAAGUAACUUUUGUUUCAUAAAGUUGUACUUUAUCUUAUAGCUAAAAUAAUAAUAUAAUUGUCAAUGGAAUGCAUAAGGCACUUAGAUAAUAUGUAUACAAGCAUAUAUAAGGGUACAUCUGCUUCUUCUGCUUCUAUUUUAUCAUUUUCUGUCACUUAGAAACAUCAUUUGCCAGAGCGAGAUAAAGAAUGGGAGAGUGACUGCACUCCGACUGCCUCGUUGAUUACGCCGCGUGCGGUCGGAUUAUCUCACUCUAGCAAAUGACAAUCCUGAGUGGAAGGUGCAGAUGUAUUUCAACUCUAAUCCUUCUGACAUUGACUUCACAAAUAGAAAAAGGGUAAAGGGAUUCCCGCAUAGAUGAAUAGUAUCAACCCUUACAAUUGUUUUUUUUUCAAAGUAUUUUGUAAUGUCAGUAGUGUUGUUUUUUUUUAAUUUUUAUGUCAGCAGCAUGUUUAAAAAUAAAAAAAAUACUAAACCACCUUUUUUCAAUGAAUAAAUUAUUGCAUUCUCAAUUGGCAUAGUAAAAUAUGAAAAUUGAAUUGUGCACAUCAUUAAUAUGUAGCAUAAUGUUCAAGAAAAUUUCAGUCAAAAAAUCUGUAAUACCAAAAAUAUGAAAAUUCCAGCUACAUUUUUUUAUAGUAAUCUUUUUUUGUAGUAAAAACUAUAGCAUAAUGCACAAUAUGAAUGUCCCAGUUUGGGACUUUCUCCUCAUCUCCCAACAAAGGCAUACAUCUGUAGACUUCAAUAAUGAUAAAAUCUUUCAUAUAAUCUAGGACUUUGGUUAUACUUCUUGUGAUCCUUCCGGAGUACCCUGGGUUGAUCUUGAAGAUUGCUUUAGGCACAGCCAUAUCAUCCACACAUUGAUGCCGCGUGCAAACGACACAUUUAGGUUUUAGCGCCUUUUUCUUUUCCACUUUUGCCCUGAAAUAUAGUUAUGAAGUUAUGAAUGUACUUAUGUUUGUAAUUGUUGUGAAAUAAAUUUUAUAUCAACUUUA